GGUCGUCUCAAGAACCGCUUGGAGGUGAUCUUGAAACGGUCUGAUGGGUGCGAUUCCUCAAGAGCGGCUGUCCGAGUCGACGUGCCGGAAGCGGCUCCGCGAGCUUGUCAAGGAGACACUGCACGACCUUCCCGAGGCACCGUCGUCGAUUGAGACCCUUGAUCUCUCGGAUUGCCACCUCACGGAUCACUACGCUGGUCACAUCCACGCUGUCAUCGAGCUCAACGCCAAGGUGCUCCAGUCGAUCGACCUCUCGUUCAAUGGCUUUGCCAGCGGCCUCGUCGAGGCAUUUGAUAACUACCCGGAGCUGCCGUCGCUGACGAAACUCAAUCUCUCGAGCAACGCCAUCAAUGACACGGCCGCUGACCAUGUGAAUAAGCUCGUGCUGCGCUGCCCCAAGCUCGCGUCUAUCGAUCUCUCGCUCAACCGACUCGGGAAGGGCUGUGCGCGCGCACUUGUUCAAGCCAAACUGCUCGUCUCGCUCGACCUCUCUUCGAGCCACUUGUCGGACGCUGGCUGCGACGUUCUCUGCCAAAGCCUUCUCGUGCGCAAGUCGAGCCUCCAGAUUCUCUCGCUCGCCAUGAACCAGCUCACCGACAGCAGCGCGCUCGCCUUGGCCAACGUGCUCGUCAACGAUGCGACGUGUGCGCUUCGGACGCUGAUUCUAUCGGGCAACCUCAUUCAAGACCACGGCGCCAGUGCAAUCGCCUUCUCGAUGGACCGCAAUGCGUGCAUUCAAGAACUUUUCCUGGACGCCAAUCAGAUUGGCAACGACGGCCUUGCAUCCUUUCUCAACAUUCUUCGAUCGAGGCCGACGCGGACGUAUGCUGCGCUGUGCCUCGAUGGCAACCCCGCCGACGCGGCUCUCUUGCGCGACGUGGACCACCAGCGCCAAGCCAGCAUGCUACUAUCGCAGCUCCCGAGAGACCUCGGCGUCCGCGACCGCCUCGAGCUCAGCGGCCCCAUCGUCUCGACGUAUCUUGGCUCGGUCAUCUGUGACCACAUGUGCCAGGCCUGCGUGGACAUUUUGCGCAGCUACCGGCAUCUGGUGCACGUCGACUUGAGCAAAAAUGCGAUUGGCAAUCACGGCGCAUACGACAUUGCUCUGUACGUGGCAAUGAACCCGAAACUCACGACGCUCAACCUUGGUUUCAACAAGAUCGAAGAUGCGGGCGCGGUCGGACUCGCGCAAGCACUGCUCGUUAAUAGCACGCUGACGAGUCUCCAGAUCGAGUCCAACCUGCUCGGGGACGCUGGUGUGCGAAGCCUUUACGUGGCAUCCUUUGACAAUAAGCGCAGUGCGUUGACCUCGAUUUGCGUCGACGCCAACAUGCACGGUAUUGAGGGCAACCGGACGAUCACGGCGAUUGCCGACGCCAAGAAGCUCGCGCUUUCAUUGGCCGAAGCGACGCCACUCGUGCUCGAUCUCUCUGGCCACUAUCUGCAGCGGUUUGGCGCCAACGUGGUGUGUGAUACCCUUCGCAGUCACUGCCAAGUGCUCAACUUGUGCCGAAACGCGCUCGGCGACGACGGCGCCGCCGCCAUCGCGACGCUCCUCCUUCGGCACACGGCGCUCACCAAGGUUGACUUGAGCUGCAAUGGCAUUGGCGACAAGGGCGCGUUGGCGCUGGCCGAGGCACUUCCACAAAACAAGACGCUGAUCGCACUCAAUUUACGCGCGGCGUACGGUGACGCGGCGUCGUGGCGUGACGCGCACAUUUCGGAAGCGGGCAUGCUCGCGCUCAGUCGCGCGCUAAGCGAGAACGUCGGCCUCCAGGUCGUCGACCUCCGCGAUCACUGCGCCAACAAGCACGUCGUCGCGUCGUGGGUGCAAUUGCUGCAGAAGAACGCAACGCUCUCAAAACUCAAUGGUCUGACACCGACGGUCUUUCUGUCGCGCUACCACAUUUGA